AAUAUUUUAAAGGGAUUUGUGUGUUGCUUGCAACAGGAAAAAGGUAAGGCCUUGAAAUUUGGUGUGCAACGAUCGAAGCUCUUCCGGUUACUCUCUUUCUAUUCCAUCAGGUAUGGCGCGGUACUCGCAUGAACCAGACAACGCCACCAAGUCGUGCAAGGCACGCGGCUCAAAUCUCAGGGUGCACUUUAAGAACACCCGUGAAACAGCAAAGGCUAUCGGCAAGAUGCCCCUGAGAAGAGCUGUGCGUUAUCUGAAGAACGUGACAGACAAGAAAGAAUGUGUUCCGUUCAGGAGGUUUAACGGUGGCGUAGGACGCUGUGCACAGGCCAAGCAGUGGGGUACCACUCAGGGACGUUGGCCCAAGAAAUCGGCAGAAUUCCUCCUGCAGUUGCUGAAGAACGCAGAAUCCAACGCUGACUACAAGGGACUCGACGUGGACCGCCUGGUCAUCGACCACAUCCAGGUCAACAGAGCCCCUUGCCUCAGGCGAAGGACUUACAGAGCUCACGGACGAAUUAACCCUUACAUGAGCUCACCCUGUCACAUUGAGGUCGUCCUUACAGAAAAGGAAGAAGUGGUAGCCAAGGCAACAGAAGAGGAGCCUGCAAAGAAGAAGGUCUCCAAGAAGAAGUUGGCUCGCCAGAAGGAGAAGAUGAUGAGGGAUUAGAGUGUCUAAUGCCAUUUUUAAUAAAUGUUACAAUUUAA